AUGAGCCCCAAUAAGGUAUCUAAGGAUGUUGGAAGUCAUCUCAUGAGUAAUGGAGUGUCUCAUGAUGAGUAUAAUGGCAUGGAAAUUGAUGGGGAAGGCAGUUCCUCUCUUCCAGCAUUCUCCGCAAUGCAGGAGAAGGCCAGACGAUGGCAGAGGUUGCGGCGAGCAAGAUUCCGCAAGUCAAUUGCGGCUAAUCUAGCAAAUGGGCAUUUUUCCAACAAAACACUGGAAAUGAUGCCCCCUGAACAUUUGCGUAAGCUGAUCAAGGAGCACGGAGAUAUGAGCAAUAGGAAAUAUAGAUACGACAAAAGAUCUUAUCUUGGUGCCCUAAAGUACAUUCCACACGCAGCCUAUAAGUUGUUGGAAAAUAUGCCAAUGCCUUGGGAGCAAGUAAGAUACGUAAAGGUCCUGUACCAUAUCACUGGGGCGCUGACUCUUGUGGAUGAGGUUCCACUUGUUGCUGAGCCUCUUUUCAUAGCACAGUGGGGGACCAUGUGGAUUAUGAUGAGGAGGGAGAAGAGAGAUAGGCGGCAUUUCAAGCGUAUGAGAUUCCCCCCGUUUGAUGACGAGGAACCGCCCAUAGAUUAUGCAGAUAACGUACUAGAUGUUGAACCAUUGGACCCUAUCCAGAUGGAGUUGGACGAGGACGAAGAUAAAUCUGUGUUGAAGGGCUUUUAUCAGAAGGGAUGGGAUUGGAAGCACUGGGCAACAAACCCCAACGAUAGGCACAAUUCAAAUAGAUAUUGGCGAUUAACACUUGAGCAAAUGGGAGUGUUGAAUCGUCUCGCAAAUCAACUUGUCACUGAUGUAGCAGAUGAAAACUAUUUUUACCUAUUUAACCUGAAGAGCUUUUACACUGCCAAGGCAUUAAACAUGGCCAUACCCGGAGGGCCUAAAUUUGAGCCACUGUUUAGGGACAUGGUAGAGGACGAUGAUUGGAACGAAUUUAACGAUAUAAAUAAGAUAAUCAUUAGACAACAGAUACGUACGGAGUACAAGGUGGCAUUUCCUUACCUGUACAACAAUAGGCCUAGAAAUGUGGCCAUUUCACCCUACCACCAUCCCUUGUGUGCAUUUAUUAAGCCACACGAUCCUGAACUGCCUCCAUUUUACUACGAUCCUAUAAUAAAUCCAUUGCCUGCAUAUCUAUCGUCGCGGAACCAUAAAGCGCCACAAGAUGAGGAAGAAGAUGAUGAUUUUUUUGUAGAGCCACUUCUAGAUGAUUUGCCCAUAGACGAUGAGGACUAUACCAAUGGAUUUGUACUAUAUUUUGCCCCUAGGCCCUUUUGUGACCGUGAGGGUAGAUGUAGGAGGGCAAUUGAUGUGCCAUUAUUGCAAUCUUGGUUCAGGGAACACGUUCCCUCUGAUUAUCCCGUGAAAGUUAGAGUCAGCUAUCAAAAAUUGUUGAAAAUUUGGGUGGCAAACAAUCUACAUGCAAAGAAGCCCAAGAGUUGCAAAAAGAUUAGGCUAUUUUCCACAUUCAGGCAGACAAAGUUUUUUCAAUGUACACGGAUAGACUGGGUGGAGGCGGGGCUUCAGGUUUGUCGCCAGGGGUACAAUAUGCUGAACUUAAUGAUUCACCGCAAAAAUCUUGACUAUUUGCACCUGGACUACAACUUCAAUCUUAAACCCGUUAAGACGUUGACAACAAAGGAAAGAAAGAAAUCGCGUUUCGGAAACGCCUUCCAUUUGUGUCGUGAGAUACUUAGAUUUACCAAGCUUGUUGUGGACUCCCAUGUACAGUACAGAUUGGGAAAUGUUGAUGCAUUUCAAUUGGCUGACGGAUUGCAGUACAUUUUUUCACAUGUCGGGCAAUUGACCGGCAUGUACAGAUACAAAUAUCGACUGAUGAGGCAAAUAAGGAUGUGUAAGGAUUUGAAGCAUGUUAUCUAUUACAGGUUUAAUACGGGUCCAGUGGGCAAAGGUCCUGGCGUUGGAUUUUGGUUCCCCGGCUGGCGUGUAUGGUGUUUCUUCCUUCGGGGCAUAAUGCCCCUCCUAGAGCGCUGGCUUGGGAAUUUAUUAGCCAGGCAAUUUGAAGGGAGGGUGACGAAAGGUAUUGCUAAAACGGUGACCAAGCAACGUGUGGAAUCGCACUUUGACCUAGAGCUCCGUGCUGCCGUGAUGCAUGAUGUGAUUGAUAUGAUGCCCGAAGGCGUUAAGGCAUCUAAGGCCAAGACGAUUUUGCAGCAUUUGAGCGAGGCCUGGAGGUCUUGGAAGGCCAAUAUUCCGUGGAAAGUGCCCGGAUUACCAGCCCCAAUAGAGAACAUGAUUUUGAGGUACGUAAAGAUGAAGGCGGACUGGUGGACUAAUGCGGCCUACUACAAUAGGGAGAGGAUUAAGCGAGGAGCUACGGUCGACAAAACCGUGUGCAAAAAGAACUUAGGUCGUCUAACCAGGCUUUGGCUUAAAGGGGAGCAGGAACGCCAGCAUGUAUACCUCAAAGAUGGUCCUUAUGUAACCAGCGAGGAGGCGGUCGCCAUUUAUACAGUGGCAGUGCAUUGGCUUGAAUCCAGAAAAUUCAGUCACAUUCCCUUCCCGCCAUUAAACUACAAACAUGAUACUAAAAUGUUGGUGCUGGCCCUGGAACGUUUGAAGGAGAUUUACUCCGUAAAGAGCAGGUUGAACCAGUAUCAGCGCGAAGAAUUGGCCCUUCUGGAGCAGGCAUACGACAACCCCCAUGAGACUCUAUCUAGGAUUAAGCGUCAUUUACUUACCCAGAGGAGUUUCAAGGAGGCGGAUAUGGAGUUUAUGGACCUUUACAGCCACUUGAUACCAGUACAUCAUAUAGACCCGCUCGAGAAGAUUACCGACGCAUACUUGGAUCAGUACAUAUGGUACGAAGCCGACAGUCGCGGGCUCUUUCCAAACUGGAUUAAACCAUCGGACUCUGAGCCUCCUCCGCUGUUAGUGUACAAAUUUUGCCAGGCUAUAAACAACCUCAAUAACAUAUGGGAUGUCAGAAAUGGUGAAAGCGUGGUCCUGGUGGAGACAUCUUUUACUGGUGUUUUUGAGAAGGUGGAUUUGACUCUUUUGAACAGGCUUCUCAGGCUCAUUGUAGAUCACAACAUAGCAGAUUACAUCACUGCUAAGAAUAACGUUACAGUUUCAUUUAAAGAUAUGUCUCACGUCAAUAGCUACGGGCUGAUUCGCGGCCUUCAGUUCUCUUCAUUCGUCUCGCAGUAUUAUUUUAUGAUACUUGAUCUACUUUUAUUGGGUCUAACAAGAGCCACGGACAUAGCUGGUCCAAAUGCAUUACUGCCAAACGACGCAUUUUCCUUCCCAGAUGUGAGCGUGGAGGAGAGACAUCCUAUUCGGAUUUACUGCCGAUUUGUGGACCGUUUGUGGGUGCUAUUUAGGUUUACGCAAGAGCAGUCUAGGGAGCUAGUUCAGAGGUAUUUGAGUGAAAAUCCGGAUCCAAACAACGAGAACGUAAUAGGGUAUAAUAAUAAGAAAUGUUGGCCUAGGGACUGUAGGAUGAGAUUGAUGAAGAACGAUGUGAAUCUCGGCAGAGCCGCUUUUUGGGAGCUGGCGGCCAGAAUUCCAAGGUCAUUGGGUAAAAUAAGCUGGAAGUCUGCGGGUGAUGCCUCCGGAUUUCAGACUUUUGUAUCGGUAUACUCUAGCGAAAACCCUAAUCUGUUGUUCAACAUGUGUUCUUUUGAGGUGAGGAUAACUCCUAGGCGUUGGGGAAAGGUAGGGAUAGUGGGUUCCGACAUAAGCGAAGAUUCUCCCUAUUCUGAAGGGGUGUGGAAGCUUCAAAAUGAAUCUACCAAGGAGAUAACUGCACUGGCACAUUUGAGGGUUGACGAUGAGGGUCUCAAGCGUUUUGAAAACAGAGUGCGUAUGAUUUUGAUGUCUUCCGGUAGUACAACAUUUACCAAGAUAUCCAAUAAGUGGAAUACAACUCUCAUUGGCAUGAUGACUUAUUUUAGGGAGGCAGUUUUGAGGACCCCUGAGAUGCUGGAUCUGCUGGUAAAGUGCGAGAAUAAGAUUCAAACUAGAAUAAAAAUCGGCUUGAAUUCAAAGAUGCCGUCUAGGUUCCCCCCUGUUGUAUUUUACACGCCGAAGGAACUGGGCGGGCUAGGCAUGCUUAGUAUGGGACAUAUCCUAAUUCCACAGAGUGACCUGAGGUUUUCAAAGCAGACAGAAGUGGGUAUAUCGCACUUCCGAAGCGGUAUGUCGCACGAUUCUCACCAGCUUAUACCUAAUUUGUAUCGCUACAUCCAAUCGUGGGAGAGUGAAUUUAUAGAGUCUCAGCGCGUCUGGGCUGAAUAUGCUCUUAAGCGCUCAGAGGCGAAUGCCCAGAACAGGAGGUUGACGCUAGAAGACCUGGAAGACUCAUGGGAUAGGGGGGUGCCCAGAAUUAACACAUUGUUCCAGAAGGACCGCCAUACUCUGGCCUACGAUAAGGGGUGGAGGGUUAGGCAGGACUUUAAGAAGUACCAGGUUUUGAAGAGCAACCCCUUUUGGUGGACCCACCAAAGGCAUGACGGCAAGCUUUGGAAUUUAAAUAAUUACCGAACGGAUAUGAUUCAAGCACUGGGUGGCGUGGAGGGAAUUCUGGAGCACACAUUAUUUAAGGGUACAUAUUUUUCUACGUGGGAGGGGUUAUUUUGGGAGAAAUCCAGUGGUUUUGAGGAAUCAAUGAAGUAUAAGAAGCUGACUAACGCGCAGCGUUCGGGUUUGAACCAGAUUCCGAAUCGUCGCUUCACCCUAUGGUGGUCUCCGACAAUUAACCGUGCGAACGUUUAUGUUGGUUUUCAAGUGCAAAUGGAUCUUACAGGCAUAUUUAUGCACGGGAAAAUACCCACGCUUAAAAUAUCUCUGAUUCAGAUCUUCCGUGCGCACCUCUGGCAAAAGAUACACGAGUCCAUAGUGAUGGAUCUUUGUCAGGUUUUGGAUUUGGAGUUGGAGAGGUUAGAGAUAGAGACAGUACAAAAGGAGACAAUUCAUCCCAGGAAAAGUUAUAAGAUGAAUUCAUCUUGUGCCGAUAUUUUGUUACUGGCCUCCUACCGUUGGAAGGCAUCCAAGCCCUCCUUAUUAUCAUCCCAAAGCACCAGUGACAACGACGAUAGUGGGGUAUGGACCAACAAAUUUUGGCUGGACGUGCAGUUGAGAUGGGGGGAUUAUGAUUCUCACGACAUUGAGAGAUAUUGUCGCGCCAAGUUUCUAGACUAUACUAGCGAUUGUAUGAGCAUCUAUCCCAGCCCAACCGGUGUGCUUUUGGGCGUGGAUUUAGCAUAUAAUUUGCACUCUGGUUUUGGUAAUUAUAUUCCUGGUCUAAAAGAACUGUUGAUGCGUGCAAUGAACAAAAUAAUGAAGGCAAAUCCUGCGUUAUACGUGCUCAGAGAUCGUAUUAGAAAGGGUUUGCAACUUUAUAGCAGCGAACCAACGGAGCCAUAUCUGAGUUCACAAAAUUUUGGUGAGCUAUUCGGGUCCCAAACAAUCUGGUUUGUAGAUGAUACCAACGUUUAUCGUGUAACUAUUCAUAAAACAUUCGAAGGCAACCUCACAACUAAACCGGUUAACGGCGCCAUCUUCAUCCUCAACCCUAGGACCGGGCAGUUGUUUUUGAAGGUAAUCCAUACUAGCGUCUGGGCGGGUCAGAAACGGCUGACCCAGCUGGCCAAAUGGAAGACGGCAGAGGAGGUGGCGGCGCUUGUUCGCAGUCUGCCUGUGGAGGAACAGCCAAAGACGGUGAUAGUCACCAGGAGGGGUAUGUUGGACCCAUUGGAAGUGCAUCUGCUGGACUUUCCUAACAUUGUUAUAAAGGGAUCAGAAUUGCAAUUACCCUUUCAGGCAAUACUGAAGCUUGAAAAAUUCGGUGACAUGAUUCUAAAGGCGACACAGCCCGAAAUGGUUCUAUUCAAUCUGUAUGAUGACUGGCUGGAGACAAUUUCCCCCUAUACUGCAUUUUCGCGUUUACUUUUGAUAUUGCGCGCAAUACAUGUAAAUUCAGAUCGAGCCAAAGUGCUGCUUAAGCCCUCGCCAAAAAUUGUUACUUUAUCCCACCAUGUUUGGCCAUCGCUCACCGAUGCCGAGUGGAUCGAGGCGGAAAUUGCGCUUAAGGAUCUGAUCCUGAGCGAUUACGCUAAGAAAAAUAAUGUUAACGCGGCAGCGUUGACGCAAAGUGAAAUUAGAGAUAUUAUUUUGGGUAUGGAAAUAGCGCCUCCGAGCGUGCAGAGGCAGGAGAUGGAAGAACUGUCCAAGAUGGCCCAAGUUAGUGAUACGAUGAUUACAACAACAACGACCAAAACAUUCAACGUACACGGGGAGGAGAUUGUAGUGUCUACCCAAUCCCCACAUGAGAAGGAGAGGUUUUCAUCCAAAACGGAUUGGCGUGAGCGCGCUUUGGCGGCGAAUCAGUUGCACUUGCGUACGAACAAUUUGUACGUUCAAGAGGCAAACCUUGGUAACCUGGGCGAUAGUGUGACAUUUGUUCUAGCAAGAAAUGUGAUAACCAAGUUUAUUUCACUGGGAGAUUUGCGUACACAAGUUUGCGCGCUUUUGUAUGGUACCACGCCUGCAGACUGUCCCCAAGUGAGAGAAAUAAAGUGUAUAGUAAUGGUACCGCAGGUUGGGACCCAUCGCAAUGUUUCGUUUCCUCCAGUAGCCCCCAGUCACCAGUUAUUGCGCGACCUUGAGUUUUUGGGCUGGAUUCACACCCAGCCAAAUGAGACGGGGCAACUGUCCCCAGCGGACGUACUAACUCAUGCCAAUUUACUGGCUUCUAACAAGGGAUUGGAUACCUACGUUGCCUCUAUCGUCACUUGUUCAUUCACUCCUGGAUCGUGUUCGCUUGCGGCAUACAGAGUAACGCCUGCAGGACUAAAAUGGGCAAAAUCCACAGAGGGUACCGCCGUUGCACAGGCCGCUGCUAUGGGUAAAAAUGCUCCGGGAUAUACUAGCGCCAUGUUUGAGAGGGUACAGAUACUACUUUCUGAUGUUUUUUUGGGCUUCUACCUGGUGCCCAGUGACCAGGUGUGGAACUAUAACUUUAUGGGCAUAAAGCAUUCCACCACCCUCAAAUAUGACCUUAUACUAAAUGUUCCAAAGGAAUUUUACCACGAAAUACACAGGGGUAGCCACUUUCUGCAGUUUGGAAGAUUGGAAGAGUCUGUAAAUGAAAACGAUGAUAGUGACGUUAAUGAUAACCUCCUGGACACCGAGAUGGAGGAUUCUCUAAUGUAA